GUCAUCAUUGUGCGCCUUUACGAGUAUCUCUAAGCGGCACUUCUGUACCAUUGAAUGGGCAGUGGAAAAAACAGAGCGUAGAAUAUUCAAACUAGCCUCUCUGUUAAUUUCUUACAACUUAUUAUUAAAACCGGAAAUAUUUUGAAAUGAUUGAUACCAUUGAAAAAGAAGACAAUAUUAUCAGCGAGGAGGAGGCUGCACAGUAUGAUCGUCAGAUUCGCCUCUGGGGUCUGGAUGCUCAAAAGAGACUUAGGGGAUCACGUGUACUUCUUGUUGGACUCCGGGGACUUGGAGCAGAAGUAGCAAAGAACCUUAUUUUGGCUGGAGUCAAAGGACUGACACUCCUGGACCAUGAGCAGGUGACAGAGGAGUCCAGACGUGCUCAGUUCUUGAUUCCUGUGGAUGCAGAUGGAAAAAACCAGGCUCGGGCCUCUCUGGAGAGAGCUCAGUUCCUCAACCCAAUGGUGGAAGUGAAGGCAGACACCGAUCCAGUGGAGAGCAAGCCGGAUGACUUUUUCUUCCAGUUUGAUGCGAUUUGUCUGACCAGGUGCUCCAAAGACCUCAUGGUGCGAGUGGACCAGCUGUGUGCCUCCAGGAACAUUAAGGUCUUCUGUGGAGACGUGUUUGGCUACCAUGGAUACAUGUUCUCCGACCUCGGCCAGGAGCAUCACUAUGUAGAAGAAAAGCCCAAAGUGGUGAAAGGGUCUAAUGAGGCCAAUGAUGGUCCUGAGGCAAAGAAACCGAAGGUCGACCCCAAUGAGACUACAAUGGUGAAAAAGACUGCCAGUUUCUGCUCUCUCAAAGAAGCCCUGGAGGUUGACUGGACAAAUGAGAAAGCCAAAAGCAACCUAAAGCGCAUUCCUACAGACUACUUUCUUCUGCAAGUGCUUCUGAAGUUCCGCACAGAUAAAGGUCGUGAUCCUCAACCAGACAGCUUUGGUGAGGACUCUCACCUGCUCUUGCAAAUCCGCGAUGAUGUUCUCGAGACCAUGGGCCUGAGCUCUGAGCUGCUCCCCAACACCUUUGUCAGUUACUGUUUCUCUGAGAUGGCCCCAGUGAGCGCUGUAGUCGGCGGUGUUCUUGGACAAGAGAUUGUCAAGGCGCUGUCUCAGAGAGAUGCUCCGCACAGGAACUUUUUCUUCUUCGACGGCCUGAAGGGCAGCGGAGUGGUCGACUACUUCGGAUCCAAAUAAGUGGCCCCUGGAGAACACGGAGAGAUGUGUGGCGAUGCAUAUGUGCUCUCCAAACACCAUGGACUUCAUCGUCUGCCAGCGGCCGCAGGCAUCGAAAUCUGUCUUUUGGACGGUACCUUUGCGUAGCAGUAUGCC